AAUCCUCUUGUUCCUAGCUUCAAGCAGACAUAUUUUUCGGAUCUCAAAAUGAGUUCUCAAUAAAAAAGUUUUCAUAGCGAUAUAAAAACUUUUUUCCUACAAUGUAGACCAAGAAGAAAAGAAAGAAUAUUACGAAAUUUUGAAAAUUGAAACAAACCAACUAUCUUUUGUUCCGAUGAGCCAGACGCGUUCAAACAUCCUACCAUGGGCCAAAUUUUCAAGUAACCAUAGAAAUAUUUAUAAAAAUUCCAAGUUUUCCGGUCAAUAGCAAUAACAUAAAAUAGCACAAAAACACAGCAAAACAUGGCUCUAGUACUGAGGAAGGCGGUAUUGACGAGAAAUGUCUCGUUUCUGAAAUGCAUAAAAGGACGACAAAUUGCUACUACUGCAAACAAGAAUAACCCAGCUCCUUUAUGUAAGUAUAUGACUAUUGAUAAGUAGUUAUAAUCAGUUAGUUACCUGUUCUUUUGCUAAAUAAAUUAAAAAACUAUUUGUUAGUUGGAUUUGCCUACAUAGUCAUGACUUCUAUUUUGGAAAGUAUACCUUAUAUCAUUUAUCUGGUAUUUUCAUAUUUUUCGUAAAUAUAAUCUACAUAAGUUAAUAUUUUCAUCAGUGAUCAUAUUAAUAAUAUAAAUUAGCAGGUAGUAGUUGUCUAUUUGUAUGCUUAAUAUCGAAAAGGUAAGUUGUAAGUACUUCGUUAAUAUUUUUUCCGUUCCUAAUGAAAAAAGCGACUGUCGUACCAAAUGUCAUUUAAUUUUGAUGUUUUUAACUGUCAAUUUAGUCAAACGGUAAAAUUUUAAUUGAUAUAUAGUUCCGUAAUGUUAUUUUGGAGAACGGUGGUCGCCGUAGGACCUCCAGCCUUUAAUACUCGACGAGGCGAUGCGCGUCCGUCGUUCUUCCGAAUAGCAUCCGCGGCUAGCCGACGGCUUCUUUGCCGAGUAUUAAAUGUUGGAUGUCAUUUGCAGCGGUGGCCACCAACGGCGUAUCGAUGUUCGGCUCGCCACUGACCGCCCGCACCGCGAUCCUUUGUUGUGGUGAUCAAACUGGUUCGGUACGAUUUUUCGCCGAGAAGAAGGAUGAAAAGAAAGGAGGUUGUCCAUGCCCGACUUGCGGUUGUCCCUGUCCUUGUGGACCGUGUGGCCCAUGCGGGCCCUGUGGUCCAUGCGGGCCUUGUGGACCAUGUCGUUGCCCGUGCCCAUGUGGACCUUGCGGACCCUGCGGCCCUUGCGGACCGUGUGGACCCUGCGGGCCAUGUGGACCCUGCGGACCUUGCGGGCCUUGCGGCCCCUGCGGACCUUGUCGAUGCCCAUGCCCAUGUCCGUGUCCUUGCGGACCUUGUGGCCCCUGCUGUCCACCACCCUGUAAUCCAAAGCCUAAGAAGUGUCAAUGUGGUUCAUGUGCCUGCAGUUGCAUGAUGCCUGACCUUCAGACAAGCGCUGAAAAUACCCCUCAACAUCAGACACCCGUCCAAGAACCUUUAAAGGCAGAAGAAAUUAAGAAGGAUAAAACACCUUCGCGACGUUCUGCUACUGCAAAGGCAGUGCUAUGCCGAAGCUUGAAGAAAGACAAAAGGCAUCUGUAUUUGGGGUACACGAAGAUUGGAAAGUCGAGACGGCUGUCACCCGUGGGAAGGUGCCCCAAACCACGCAGUACAUGGCGGUUGCGACUCAGCGAGUCGUGUCCCACCCUUGCUCCUGAAACCAGACCGAAGAUUCGUGUGUCGGUCCGACACAUUAGCCCACCACCCAGUACUAGGCUUUCGUGUUCCGUCCAACCUUCUGCGACAAUGCCGUUAUUUGCCAGCUAUAGUCCUCUGCUCCGAAUGUCUAAUCCUAAUACCACAUCAAGACGCUUCUUUUCUGCGAAACCCUGCAACUGUGGAUGCCCAUGUCCCUUCCCUUGCGGCCCAUGUGGCUGCGCUGGUGGUUGCAGUUGCCUGCCGCCUCCUUGUAAUACCCCUCCCCGUUGCGUUCAAUACAUGACCGGGUACUACUAUUACCCUUAUGGUACUUGGUUCUGUGGACCUUAUCAUGUGACCGGUACUUGCACUCCAGUAGGUCCUUGUGGAUCUAAAUGUGCCUGUGGACCGUGUGGUCCAUGUGGCCCGUGUGGUCCAUGUGGUCCAUGUCUCCCAUGUGGUGCUUGUGGCCCAUGUGUGAAAUGCGCUGUUUGUCCAGGACCAGUUUGCCCACCAACUAUGUGCACUCCUGCUGUAUGUCCUAUGGGUGUUAUGGGGAAUCAGGCACCUAUUCGCGAUAUUCCUAAAACCGGUGUUAUGCCUGGUAAUCAAAUAAGAAGCCCGCUCUCUCAAGAUGAAUCAUGUAAGCAGAUUUCGAAAUCUGGAAUAUCUAGAUUCUUUCCCUUUGAAAAUAAGUCGACGGCAAAUCAUCCGGCUCCUAAAACUCUUCCUACAACCACAGUGCUAUCCUCGUUUUUUUGCCCAUAUAGUACUCAAGAAAAUCUUAUUCCAGAUAACUUUGACCCAUUUUCACAAAUAUACGGGUCAAAAUCUAGCACGUUCAGUAAAACAUCUCCUUAUUCUGAUGCAAAAGGUUUUACAAAUACUUCUAAUAUUUCUGGAUACGGGAAUGAGAGCAAAAAACGGUCCAAGAAUGUUUGUCCACCUUUAGAAAAGCCUCGAUCUUUAAUGACACAGGAGCAGAGGAACAGACCAAGAGUAAAAGCAGGCGCGUUCAACCAUACCUCUAUUCCAAACUAUAGGAACCCCUAUCCUAGUCCCAAUAUUGAUCACAAAUUUAAAGCAUAUAAAUCACAAUAG